CCCCUCCCCCGGAAGGAAGUGAGCGGGGACCGUGUGCCCAGGCUGGGGGUCCCCGCACUCGCGGGCGGGGGAAGCGCCUUCUGGUGGCCGCACUCUCCGGAGGGCGCCCGGGCUCCCUGGCCGCCGGCCGCCGGGCCUGAGGCCGCGGCCCCGAGGGCCGCUGACCGGCGCGAUGGAUGCCCUGCAGGAGGUGAUUUGGGACAAUCGGAGCACAGCGGCACCCCCACCCGGGGCACCGAACAUCAGCGUGCCCCACCGCUGCCUGCUGCUGCUCUACGAGGACAUUGGCACCUCCAGGGUCCGGUUCUGGGACCUCUUGCUGCUCAUCCCCAAUGUGCUCUUCUUCACCUUCCUGCUCUGGAAGCUUCCAUUCCGGGCUAAGAUCCGAGUCACCUCCAGCCCCAUCUUCAUCACCUUCUACAUAUGGUGAGUGUUCGUGGUGGCCCUGGUGGGCAUCGCCCGGGCCGUGGUGUCCAUGACAGUCAGUGCCUCGGACGCCGCCACCGUGGCUGACAAGAUCCUGUGGGAGAGCACCCGCUUCUUCCUGCUGGCCAUCGAGCUGAGCGUGCUCAUCCUGGGCCUGGCGUUCGGUCAUCUGGAGAGCAAGUCCAGCAUCAAGCGG